UACUCAUUUAACAGUUUUGGCAAGAAACGUAAAGCUAUUUUAAGUUAAUUUAUUGUACGAUUAACUAAACAUUUGACAGUAUCAUUGUAAUAAAGCCGUAGUGAAUGUGCGUGACUUUGGUAUUCUUUUGUGCGAAACAAAGCUGUUUAUUUAAUUGAAUUUGUAAGUACCUAGGUGUGCUGAUACACUUGCAUAAUUAAAAGAUACUCCUGCAAAACAAAAAUAUUGUCAUAUCAAGAUCCUAUUAGUGAAAUGAUUGAAAGCAUCACACCUUCUCCACCAAAAACACCGAGGGACUGCUCCUAAAAGACGUUACCAUGGCUUUUUCAAGAUUUGUGCAGGUUUGUAAAUCAUUAGUGAUGGACGAUUUACCAUUAAGAGAAUGCAGUAGCGACAAUUUAAUUUCAAAUAAUUCGGUAGAGCAAGAAUCAACGGAACAUGAAGCAUUAGUUACAAAUGAGAAAGGAAUAUAUGAUUCACCAGUCAUUACCCAUCCAAGAUUAUCAAUUCUAACAGAAUUUGAUCCUCUGUUUAAAUCGUCGGCUUCUGACGAAUCCAUAAUAAAGGAAACAUUUCCUGAAGAAGUAGAAGUGUCAUCAUGUAAAGACACUCCAGAUUCUUCUCUGGAUAAAAAUAAGAAAGAUGGUUUAUACAGUAAACUGUUAGAUAUUACAGCUACUAAUACCACCCAGGAAAACGUUUCAAAUUUUAUUCAAGAACAAGAAAAUAGUUUAGCAUCUAGUGACGAUACAAGUAAAUCAGAUAGUCAAGAUAACAUUAAAGACUGCACAUUUGAUGAAAACAAAAAUCCCACAACUAAUAAUAAAUUGUUAGAUACCUUUUGUUUAGAAGAUAAGAUAUCACUAGAGGAAUUGGAUAAUAAGCAAAAUAAAGAUACUUCCAGAUGUAAGAAAGAUUUGUAUAGAAAUACAGAAAGCGUGGAAGAUCUACUUGAAGAGAAAACUCAGGCAAAACCCCUUCACUUUAAGUUAGAAUCUCAAGAAGAUGAUAAAUCAAUUAAUGCAGAAGAUAAUCAAAUUGAUUGUAAUAUAAAAUGCUCUUUUAAUUUGGAAGAGACAGAAAGUCAAAUAAGAAAAACAGAAACUCCAAUAAAAGUUUUGUCAGAAAUAACACAUUGUAUCCAGAAUACAUCUGAAGAAAAUAAAGAUAAACAGGACUUGCUUAACAUAAAUUUAAUAAAAAGCAGGAAGUCAUUACCAGCUUAUCAUAAUAAUAGUAUAUUUGAAAGAAAAAAGAAUCAUAAAAGACACUCUUUGCCUCAUAAUAUUGAAAAAAAUGUUGGUAUAGUAAAAGCUAGUCCUAAAAUUUUGAAUAACACAAGUGAUGGUCAGAAUAUAGAAGCAUUGAAGGAAAAAAAAACGAAUAUUAAUAUGGAUAUCUCAGACAAUUUAGAAGAAGAAAACUCUGAUUUAAAAUUGCAACUGAAUGCCUCUCAGCAAGAAAGGGCAACAUUAGAACUGGAAAUUAGACAGAAAGAAGAAGUAAUUAUAAAAACACAGGCUGAACUAAUACGAAAAGAACAAGCUUACAAACAAGAGAUAAAACAAUUAAAACAGAAGUUAGAAGAAAAAUCUACAAAAAAUGAUAGUGAAAAUAUUAAUGAAUUAGAGGAGACAAUUAAAAAUUUGAAAGCUAGAGAAGCUAGGCUGUUAAGUGAAAUUAAUACUUUAGCCAAAGAAGAAAAUAGUUUCAAGAAAAUAAUGGCAGAAUUUGAAAUAAAUAUUCAAGAGAAAGUGAAUGAAAUCCAAAAACUAAAAGAAGAGCAUGAAACAGUUAAAAGACAUUUAGCUAAUUUAGAACUUGCCUUUUCAGAUGUACAUCAGAAAUAUGAACGCAGUAAAAAUAUAAUAGAGCGCUAUAAACUAAAUGAGGAGGCCCUGCUACAAAGAUUGGCUGCAUCUGAGGAAAUGGUUCAGAAAAGUGAAGAAAAGUACGAUUCGUUAAAAGCCCAUGCAAAAGCACAAAUUGAAAAAAUUGGCAAAGAAAUGGCGAAUAUACGUGAAUCGAACGAUAUGGAAAUUCAUAAACUCCAAGCUAUAAUAAAACGAUUGGAAAUAAAAAAUGCUUCCUUAAUGGUAUCGUUAGAUCAGAAGAAUAAAGAAUGUUUAGCUUUAACUGCACUAUGUGAUGAAGUCACUGGGAAAGUGUGAUUCCCUGAUUCUAUUACUUUAAUACAUCUUUACAAAAAUCAUAUGUUCAUUUUUCAGUGGGAAUACAACCUCAUAAUUUUUUUUACUCAUUUAUGUUGUCUUUUUAAUAUAAAUUAAAUAUAACACAUCAAAAUUAGAGGAGAGAAGGAAUCAUUCCACCAAGUAUAUUACAUGCUGUAGUUUGCAUUAAAAAUAAAUAAACAUCUAACAUUUCAGUAAUUGGCUACAAAUCAUUUGUAUUGUAAUGAAAGUCUUGUAAAAAAUUCUGUAAUACAUUAAUACACAAUGCACUUUGUUUUAUUAGAAAUAUUUGCACAAUGUAUUUCCAAUUAAAGAUCUGUAGUCAGUUAGUGUCUUGUUAGUGAGCAUCAAGAAGAGUAAAAGUCAUGUAGGACUUCUAAAAAUGUGUAUUCAUACUCAUUUAGAAAUUAGAAGCUGAUAGUAAACUACAAACAACUUGGAAUGCUACAUCAAUUAAUUAAUAAUAAAAACAAUUUUAAACCACCAAUAAUUUUGAAAGAGGAAAUGCUUGCUAUUUUUGCUAAAGAUCUAUAUCCUUCGCUAUAUACCUUAUAUGUAAUCUCUUAAUUUUAUUAUUGGUUGUAAUAAGUUGGUUAAUUAUUGUAGUCAACUAUUAAUUAAUUAAUAUUUACUAGCAUCAUAUUUAUCUCUACAAAAACUACAAUUGCAUGGCCAAAGUUAUCGAGCAUUUUUGCAUUAAAACUACUGAAAAGAUUUUAAUUACUAUCAUUAACCAUCGUUAUUUAUUUGUUCAUUAAAUUACCCAUAAGUAAUUAAUAUACGCGAGUAUAUUGCUUUGCUAAUUAAAUAAGUGAUAUGUAUAAUUUUACAAUUGGAAAAGGAUACUGUCUACUAUCUGUACUUAACUACAUUGUCCAUCCACUCACUUAAACAGUAGUUUAGAGAGAUCUGUAAAAAUUAUAAUUAUUAAAAUGUGUAAAAAAA